CUCCUCCCCUCCCCUCGGGCAGCCCCCCGCCUCCGGCUCCCGCGCCCCCAUAUUGUGAGCUCGGGUGGCGCCGGGCGGGGGCGCCCCCGGAGCAGCAGGAUGUACCCCCAGGGACGGCACCCGACCCCGCUCCCCUCCGGCCAGCCCUUUAAGUUUUCGAUCUUGGAGAUUUGCGACCGCAUCAAAGAAGAAUUCCAGUUUCUCCAGGCCCAGUACCACAGCCUCAAGCUGGAGUGUGAGAAACUGGCCAGCGAGAAGACGGAGAUGCAGAGACAUUAUGUCAUGUACUACGAGAUGUCCUACGGGCUCAACAUCGAGAUGCAUAAGCAGGCUGAGGUCGUGAAGCGGCUGAGCGGGAUCUGUGCCCAGAUCAUCCCGUUCCUGACGCAGGAGCACCAGCAGCAAGUGCUGCAGGCCGUGGAACGCGCGAAGCAGGUGACAGUUGGGGAGCUGAAUAGCCUUAUUGGGCAGCAGCAGCUCCAGCCCCUGUCCCACCACGCCCCCCCUGUGCCCCUCACCCCUCGUCCGGCCGGGCUGGUGGGCAGCAGUGCCGCUGGGCUGCUGGCCCUGUCCGGAGCUCUGGCUGCCCAGGCCCAGCUGGUGGCAGCCACCAAGGAGGAUCGCGUGGGCGUGGAGCCCGAGGGGUCCAGAGUGGAGAGAGGCCUGAGCCCGAGCGCGUCCCCGUCGCCCCCCGAGAGUCUGGCGGAGGAAGAACGGCCCAGUGGCCCCGGGGUCAGCGGGAAGCAGAGAGCCGAGGACAAAGGCCUGGCGGGGUCUUAUGAGAGCGAUGAGGACAAGAGUGACUAUAACCUGGUAGUGGACGAGGACCAGCCCUCAGAGCCGCCCAGCCCGGCCACCACGCCCUGUGGGAAGGCGCCCGUCUGCGUCGCUGCCCACCGGGACCUCGGGGACAGCCCCGCCUCCUUGGCCUCCAGCCUGGGCUCACCGAUCCCCAGAGCCAAAGAGCUCAUCCUGAACGACCUUCCCACUGGCCCUCCUGCUUCUAAGUCCUGCGACUCCUCCCCAUCCCAGGACACGUCCACCCCUGGGCCCAGCUCUGCCGGUCACCUCUGUCCACUGGCAGCCAAGCCGGCACCCUCCACAGACAGUCUGGCACUGAGGAGUCCCCUGACUCUGUCCAGCCCGUUCACCACGUCCUUCAGCUUGGGCUCCCAUAGCACCCUCAACGGGGACCUCUCUGUGCCCAGCUCCUACGUGAGCCUCCACCUGUCCCCCCAGGUCAGCAGCUCUGUGGUGUACAGACGCUCGCCCAUGCAGAUGGCGUUUGAGUCGCACCCCCACCUCCGAGGCUCGUCUGUCUCCUCUUCGCUACCCACAGUUCCGGGAGGGAAGCCGGCCUACUCCUUCCACGUGUCCGCGGACGGCCAGAUGCAGCCCGUGCCCUUCCCCUCGGAUGCACUGGUGGGCGCGGGGAUCCCUCGGCACGCGCGGCAGCUGCACACGCUGGCGCACGGCGAGGUGGUCUGCGCUGUCACCAUCAGUGGCUCCACGCAGCAUGUGUACACGGGCGGCAAGGGCUGCGUGAAGGUAUGGGACGUGGGCCAGCCUGGAGCCAAGACACCCGUGGCCCAGCUGGACUGCCUGAACCGGGACAACUACAUCCGCUCCUGCAAGCUGCUGCCAGACGGCCGGAGCCUCAUCGUGGGUGGCGAGGCCAGCACCUUGUCCAUCUGGGACCUGGCGGCACCCACGCCGCGCAUCAAGGCUGAGCUGACCUCUUCAGCGCCCGCCUGCUACGCCCUGGCCGUCAGCCCCGACGCCAAGGUCUGCUUCUCCUGCUGCAGCGACGGCAACAUCGUGGUCUGGGACCUGCAGAACCAGACCAUGGUCAGGCAGUUCCAGGGCCACACGGACGGGGCCAGCUGCAUCGACAUCUCCGACUACGGCACCCGGCUGUGGACGGGCGGCCUGGACAACACCGUGCGCUGCUGGGACCUGCGGGAGGGCCGCCAGCUGCAGCAGCACGACUUCAGCUCGCAGAUUUUCUCCCUGGGCCACUGCCCCAACCAGGACUGGCUGGCCGUGGGUAUGGAGAGCAGCAAUGUGGAAAUCCUGCAUGUCCGCAAGCCUGAAAAGUACCAGCUGCACCUCCACGAGAGCUGCGUCCUCUCCCUCAAGUUUGCUUCCUGCGGACGGUGGUUCGUGAGCACCGGCAAGGACAAUCUGCUCAAUGCCUGGAGGACACCGUACGGAGCCAGCAUCUUCCAGUCCAAGGAGUCCUCCUCUGUCCUGAGCUGCGACAUCUCCAGGAAUAACAAAUACAUCGUGACAGGCUCAGGAGACAAGAAGGCUACCGUGUAUGAGGUGGUCUACUAAGGCCCCCGCCGCUCCUGGGGGUGAUGGAGACCCCACCAGCCCCUCUGGCUAGGUCCCUCUGCUCACCGGCUAAUGCCUAGCCCUCCCUUCGCUGCUGGGGUGGGUGCUCAGCGGACCCAGGGUUCCUGGAAAUAAAUGUAUUUAUCACCGCUGGGCCAGGGGCAGGCUGUGGCUACUUUUGUUGGGCACUGUCACUGAGGGGCAGCCACUUCCUGUAUGACGGUAGCGGAUGAGAAUCCAUCCCAGGUGACAGGGGUAUCUGUUCAGCAACCAGGAUUGGGCAGGAUGAGUCAGGCGGGCCGUGUAACAGGCAUUCCCAAUUCUGUCAUUCAGCUGAGGUGAGAGUCAUCCUUUGUACCCAUGUGGCCAGUAAGUGCCACCUGGCCCCAACACCUUGUUUCACAUGGCAGACAUGAGCUUCCCACUGCUUGUAGUAUUUCUGUGAGUGUAUAUUUGUUUUACAAAAUA